CUGAGCCACUGUGCCACCCUUUUAUAAAAUUCUGACAAGGCUGGACAAACUAGGUGUAGUGAUAAUAUUUCCUGUUUCUAGGUGGUCUUGAGAAAGGGGUUAUAGUCUCAGGAUAAUGCUGAGAUAUGGAGGAAUGUCUUCACUCAGAAGGUGGUGAACCCAUGGAAUUCUCUAACACAAAUGGCUGUGGACAGCAAGGCACUGACUAUAUUUAAGAAAGAAAUAGUUUUUGAGACACUACAGAUAUCAAGGGGUAUGGGGAGAGAAUGAGAAUUGAUAAAGAUGAUCAGCAAUGGUCAUGUUGAAUGGCAAACAAAUUCAUUGGGCUGAAUGGCCUACUCCUAUUUUCCAUGUUUCUGUGAAAGAUAUGUAUGGUAAAGUAGUCACAAAUAUUCCAGUGAUUAUAAAACUAAACACAUUUAACGCAAAUUUUACCAGUAAUAUUAGAAAAAACAUGCUCUUGUCUAAUUUCAGGACCUGAAAUUUGCACUUGAGGAUCAAAAGAAAAGAUAUUUGCACUUGGAAUGUACUUUGGAAAAUGAAAGGGUGACAAUAAAUGACCUGAGACAGAGUCUUGAUUCUGAGAAAGCCCUGCAUGAAACUGAAUUAUCCCAUGAGAAGAACCGCAUCAAUGAGCUCCAAAUUGCCUUAGAUGCUGAAAAAGUUAGAACUUACGAAUUAAACAGGGCACUAGAACGAGAACGGGAGAUCUCAAAGCUGCUUCCACAUGCAAAGGAGAAGCAGGAAGGAAUGGUGAAGACAGCUGAGAUGACAUCUGAAAUGCUAAUAGGGGAGCUGCAAAGACAACUAGAAGAUCAGCAUAAUCGUAUAGUAGAAUUGGUGAGUGAGAUGGAAAGGUAUAAACUUGAGUCAGUUCAAUUAAGGCAACACCUUGAGGAGCAGCAACAGAUUCAUAGGAAGUCCCUGUUAAAGGAGCAAGAAUCGCAUAAACAGAUCCUGGAAAAAGUAGAUUCCUUGCAGCUGCAAGCAAAAGAACUCAUGGACCAGCUGGAAAAAGAAAAACAUGAAGUUUUAAAGUUGCAAAGAGAGAAGGAAAACUUGAAAGAAACUGUUCAGGCAUUACAGCAAGUUAAACAAGUGAGAAGUGAAGAAGAGGCAGAAAAUCAGUUGGACUCAGACGUAGCUGUCACUCAAAAGAUUCCUCAAACAAAGAAUACUUGCAACAUUGGGCUUUCAGCUGAUCGAACGAAAAACUGGAUUAUGCACCAAAAGUUGGCAGCAACAGAGAAUGGAAAGGAUGCCUCCGUUUUUAGCGAGCAGUGGUAUACUGAGUCAGUAAAUGGCACUGAAAUUGAUGGAGGAGGCAGCGCAUCUGGAGAAAAUAUUAACAUGGAACGCAUCAGACAGAAGAUGCAGCUGAUUAUUUCCAAACUUAGAAUGAUGGCCAACAAAGUUACUACUAGGAUGCAGCGCAGCAGUGAAACCACAGAUGACGAUGACCUGAUCUGGUUACAGAAUAACAUUCAGGACAUUGCAUUGCAGUUACAGCAGUUGCAAAUCCCUGUACCAGAGAACAUAAUUCCCUCUAGCGGAUCAACUGCCGCUCUCACUGAGCGACUUCUGAAGCAAAAUGCCGACCUGACCAGCUUUGUCAGCAGGCUCACAGAAGAAAAGAAUGACCUGCACAACAGUCUACUGAAAUUACAGGAAGAGGUUCGAAAAUACCGUCAGCGAAGUUGGAGUAGUGAUCAGGAGAACCUUGAAUGCAUGGGUAAACAAAACUUAUUGGUUUACAUAUGCUUUGUUGUAAGUAUCUUUGAACAAGUUCUGUUGGUUAUUUGUCACUUAAUUUCAAUACCUCUGAAGUGCAUCUCUCUCUGUUGCAGUCCUGCCGUCUUCAUUUUAAUCAUUAUCUUAUCUUGUUGCGAUGGCGUUCGACGUAAAGCACCUUGGAACAUCAUGCUUCUUUUAUUAUUUACUAUUCUGGAAGGCUUGCUGUUGGGAGCUAUUUCAGUUUUUUAUCGCGCUGAUGCAGUGAUGUGGGCUGUUGGUGCAACUGCAUUUGUGUCGCUUGGAUUAACACUAUUUUCUCUGCAAACCAAGUGGGACUUUACAGCAGGAAGUGGAGUUUUAUUCGUGGUACUAUUGGUUUUAGUGGCAUUUGGGAUUCUAUGUGCCAUAAUACAAUCAUUUUGGCUUCAGAUUGUUUAUGCCUCCUUAGGAACAUUGAUCUUCUCGAUUUACCUGGUGGUUGAUACUCAAUUAAUGCUGGGAGGAAAGCACAGAUACAGUCUGAGCCCUGAGGAGUAUAUAUUUGCAGCAUUGAAUCUCUACCUUGACACCAUAAAUCUCUUCCUUUUCAUACUCCAAAUUAUUGGCCUGAGUCGUUAGUAUGUUUUUAAGAAAAUAUAUUAAGCAUAUAACACACCAAUCGUACAUUCAGCUAAUGCAUAUGAUUAUUUAUAGGUGAUGCUUUUUGUAAAUAAAAGCUGUUUUUCAGAAAGCAAAUAUCUGUUCAAUUAGAUGAUGAUGGGAAAAAAAGUACACUAAACUUCCAACAGUUGUGGUUCUGGUUUCACUGCACCAGUUCAAAAGGAUAAGAGUUUUAAAUGCCACACUAUAGAACCCAAACAGUGUCCAUAACUUAUGGCAUACAUAAACCCAUUAUCAAAAUUCCCCCAAUAAGAUAAAUUUAGAAAGAAAACAACUGGUAGGUACCCAAAUUAAAAGAUAUCUUGAGUAGAUUUGUAGCUCGAGUUGUGAAUAUUGUGGUUGGUUGGUUCGCUGAGCUGGUUUGUUAGUCCGCAGAAGUUUCAUUACC